AUGAGUAUGUUCCAUAGCAGCAAUCAACAAAGUGAUGAACCGCCGUCUUGUAGAGUGAGCAGUCACAGAAGUACAGACCCCAAACAGAUCCCAAGCAUAAAGGCUAAAGUAAAAAAGAAAUUGUGGAGUACAUGCCAGAAACUACAAGUGUACACCACUACAUUAGAUUGCAAAGAGGAAAAUGCAGGCUGGUUGAGGGCCAGUAAUAGGGACAUGUUAGCAAGGGAGCUUCUCUUAACUGCAGUUCAGGACACAGAAACAAUAUUUAUGAAUAAUGACUUUUAUGACUGGAAGGAUCAAGAUAAUCUGUAUUGGUUUCUGGCAUGUUACCAAGCCCUGCGGCUACACAGUGGAAAUGAAGAUGUCCAGGUGGCUGCUUGUUGGUCUCUCAACAGUCUGCUGUUUUGUCGAAAUGGUCUACAUGAAAUAGUUGGCGAUGAUGAUAAACAGUAUCCCUUACAUCGGCAGGUGAUGGCUGCUAUGUUGGUGCACCAUUCAUCCAAAGAAGUUUUUCGGGCAGCUGCAAAUGUGCUAGCGACCUUAGCAGAGCAAAGUGUGCGCAUAAGGAAGCUUUUAUUAGCGAAAGGAAUUCAUAUUAAUAUUGACAAAGUAAUGCAGAUGUAUGCCAGUUCUCCUGAUGUUGCCGAAAGUGCCUGCAAGGUGCUCAACAGACUUUUUCAAGGAAGUGCACCUAAGAAUGAGACUCAAACUGUGUCGGGUAUAAUUGCAGUCAUGAAGAAGCAUGAAAGUGUGCCAGCUGUCCAGAUAGAAGCACUUCGAGUUAUUGCAUGUUUUUUUAAUUGUGAUAAAAAUCAAGAUGAAACCUUGAUGGACACUAAAGAUACCAGAGAAUCAACAGACUGGAGAGUGAAGAUAGUUAAAAACCAGUGUUUACUUGAUAGAGGACACCAGAGCAUUCUUGAUGCAAUGAACAGGUUUAUUGGCAGCCCUGCUAUACAGAAGUAUGGUCUAAAGCUACUUUACUCUUUAGUGGAAUGCUCCGGCUGUUUACAACUGUUAAAUCGUUAUGGAGCUGUAGACACAGUGCUUCAUACUUUGCAGAUGUAUCCAGAUGACAAAGAUAUUCAGUAUUUGGGUCUUACUCUCCUUGGAGCUUUGAUUACAAAAAAGAGCUUUUCUCUGACAACUCUAAAGCUUCUCUCAAGUGUUCUGGUUCCUGCUUUGCGACGCUUUCAUAAGGACUACAGAAUACUUACAAUGGGCUUUCGUGCUGUUCUAAUAUUGCUUGAAUCAUCAGAAAUGGCUGCCAGAGUACUUCAAGAAGAGGCAUUUGAUACAGUUUUAUUUAAACAGAUGUCCCUUCUGCUUAAGAAACCACAUGAUAAGCAGUUUUUGGCUCUUUGUUGCAAAUGCCUUGCUAAAAUGACUGCUGACGAUGACCUGAAACACAAAAUGCUGGAGAAAUCUUGUGUAGAAAAUAAUACUAUGUUGGCCGAAUGCCUUCUUCUUUUGGGAGCAGAUGUGAAUUAUAAGUCCAAGAAAAAUUCCUUUCUAUAUCAGGUUUGUGAAAAGGGAAAUGAUCCCCUUCUAGUAGAUCUCUUGUUGAACAAUGGAGCACGUGAACAAGAUAUUCGAGACGCUCUCAGUGUUAGCAUCAAAAGGGGUGACAACAUGAUUAUCAGCUUGCUGUUAAAGAAGCUAGGAUUGGAUCAAACAAAUAAUACAAUCAGCUUAAGUGGCUUACACAUUGGAAAAAUUGAAUCUUCUUGGCUGAGUCCUCUGUUCCCUAGUAAUAAAGACUCGAGCAUAAAACGACAAACAAGUGUUGCUGCUGCUUUGGUAAGAAUUGUUCUAAAAUAUCAGAUGAAGCAAACAUUAAUGGACUUACCUGUGAAUAAAACUGAUGAGAGCAGCAGUGAAGAUACAUUGGACAAAAAUGAUGACUUGAUGUUCUUUGUGGAUCCUUCAUCAGAUGGUGUUUUCUAUACAGGAGAUGAUCUUGACAGUGAUGGGAGUGAUGCUUCUGGUAAUUUUGGUAAAAGACGUAGUUCUUCCUCUCUCACAGAGUUCCGGAAAGAUUCUUCAGACAUUGAGAAUACAUAUACAACACGGAAGAGUCAUUCAGAACAUGGAGAACAUGAACCAAGAAGGAAACGUUUUCAACCUGUUACAGCAGGACUUCAACGUUCAUCUUCAUUUUCGCGACUGAGUGACAGUAUGUUAUCCAUGAACUCUCAAAAAAAUUGUAUUCGAGGUCUAGACCUUUCUUCAAAUGAUCUCGAAAGCUUGGAUUCUUUAUGUCAUGACAGCUGUAUCAAGAGUCACUUAGAACAUCUUCAAAAGCUAGAACUGCAUACAAAUAACCUUAUAGACUUUCCAGAACCACUGUGUGAGAUUUUGAAAUGCCUAACUGACCUAGAUCUGCACAGCAACAAGUUUACUGUAUUUCCUGUUAAUGUACUGGAAAUGCUGCGCAUCUCUCACCUUGAUAUUUCUCGGAAUGAUAUUGGACCAGCACUAAAUUUGGAACCAAAUGUUAAAUGUCCAGCACUAAAGAAACUUAAUGUUUCAUUCAAUCAGCUUUUAUAUUUUCCUGACUUUCUUGGAGAUGUUGUGGAGAAGUUGGAAAAGCUUCUGGUGGAAGGUCUAAACAUACGUGAGGGGCACCUGCCAAUCUGUUUAUGAGACUACCAUAUGUGUUUCUUAAACAAGAGAAAUAUGCAUUUCAUGGGUACAGAAUGGUUGAAAGACUGUGUGACCUUCGUUUAUACACAACGUCUUUUGCAGAUUUUACCAUCCUUGCCUUCCAGAAUUACAACUUUAAAGCUAUUAAGCAAUAACUUUACCUCUAUUCCUGAAGCAAUUCUUAAGUUGUCACAUCUACGAUCUGUGGAUAUGAGCAACAAUGAAAUCCAUGAUCUUCCUCGGCCAUCACGGUGGGAGUCCUCGAGCUUAAGAGAACUAGUGUUCAACUGCAAUCAGAUAUCGGUUCUGGAUUUAAGUGAGGGUGCUUACAAAUGGUGUCGCCUAGAAAAGUUGCAUCUGGCUAACAACAAAUUAAAGGAGAUUCCUCCGCAGAUAGGAUUGCUGGAAAAUAUAACUUCUUUAGAUGUGAGUCAUAAUCCUCAUUUAAGAUCCUUUCCUGAUGAGAUGGGAAAAUUGACAAAGGUUUGGGAUCUUCCACUGGAUGGACUUCACCUUGAUUUGGAUUUAAAGCAACUAGGUAGUAAAACAAAAGACAUAAUAAGAUUUCUUCAGCAGCGCUUGAAGAAGUCAGUGCCAUACUACAGAAUGAAACUAAUGAUUGUAGGGAAUGCUGGAAGUGGAAAAACGACAUUACUGAGACAGCUUAUGAAAUGCAGACAUACUGACCCAGGAACUGAAAAUUCUACUAUUGGCAUAGAUGUGAAAGACUGGUCAGUUCACUUGAGGGACAGACAAAAAAGGGAACUCAAAUUGAAUGUUUGGGAUUUUUCAGGUCAAGAAGAAUUUUACAGCUCACAUCCUCACUUCAUGUCUCGGCGAGCCUUAUACCUUGUAGUGUACGAUCUGAGCAAGGGACCCAGUGAAGUGGAUGCUAUUAAACCGUGGCUUUUUAAUAUUAAGGCUCGAGCCUCUUCAUCACCUGUCAUUUUGGUUGGCACUCAUUCAGAUGUGUCUGAUGAAAAGAAUCGUAAGGCAUGUAUCACUAAAAUUACCAGAGAGCUGUUAAACCAGCGAGGCUUUCCAGCAAUUCGUGACUAUCACUUUGUGAAUAGAACUGAUGACAACGAUUCUUUGGGAAAACUUCGGAAAAAAAUAAUAAAAGAAUGCUUGAAUUUUAAGAUCAGAGAUCAGCCAGUGAUGGGUCAGUUAAUUCCCUACAGCUACCUGGAACUAGAGAGAAGAAUUUUGCUGGAGCGUAGCAAUGUCCCACUUGAAUUUCCAGUUACUAACCAUCAACGACUACUUAAUAUUGUCAGUGAGAGUCAGCUGGAACUGGAUGAGAAUGAACUUCCCCAUGCAGUGCAUUUCCUUAAUGAAUCAGGUGUCCUCCUGCAUUUUGAAGAUCCAGCCCUUCAGCUCCAAGACCUCUAUUUUGUUGAUCCUCAGUGGCUUUGUAAGCUGAUGGCACAGAUUUUGACAGUGAAAGAAGAAUGUUUUCGUAAGAAUCCCAAAGGAAUUAUGCAGCGAACUGAUGUGGUGAAAUUUUUAUCACAGAAAAUUAAAUUUCCCCAGAAUUAUAUGUCUCAGUAUUUUAAACUUUUGGAGAAAUUUCAGAUUGCCCUGCCAUUAGGAGAAGAACAACUGCUCAUUCCAAGCAGCUUACCUGAUCAAAGACCAGUGAUUGAACUCCCUCAUUGUGAGAAUUCCGAACUUACAAUAAGGCUGUAUGAGAUGCCUUACUUUCCAAUGGGGUUCUGGUCCAGAUUGAUCAACAGAUUGCUGGAAAUCUCUCCUUAUAUGUUCUCUGGAAGAGAGCGUGCUGUUCGACUCAAUAGGAUGUACUGGAGACAAGGCAUUUAUUUGAACUGGUCACCGGAAGCCUACUGUUUAGUUGAAUCCACAAUUCUGGAGAAUAAACCACAAAGCUUUUUGAAGAUCACAGUCCCCUCUUGCAGAAAAGGUUUUGUCUUAUUGGGGAAGAUUAUAGAUCACAUAGAUUCUCUGAUGGAAGAGUGGUUUCCUGGGUUACUAGAAACAGAGAUCGGCAGUGAUGAAACUUUACUAAAAAAGUGGAUUUUGUACAGCUUUGAAGAUGGUCAAGAGUUUGAACAGAUAUUACUAGAAGAUCUGCUGAGGAUAGCAGAAGAAGGUGAUGGAGGAUUUGGAUCAGUGUAUCGUGCAUCUUACAGAAAUGAAGAAGUGGCCGUUAAGGUUUUCAACAAGCAUGCCUCCCACAGACUUCUGAGACAGGAGCUUGCUGUGUUAAGCUACCUACAUCACCCAAGCUUGAUUUCCUUGUUAGCAGCUGGAAUUCGUCCUCGACUGCUUGUUAUGGAGCUAGCACCUAAGGGUUCCCUGGAUCAUUUUCUUCAAAGUGGCAAAGAUACUUUAACUAGGACACUACAGCAUAGGAUUGCUCUCCAUGUAGCAGAUGGCUUAAGUUAUCUUCAUCAAUCAAUGAUAAUUUAUCGGGACCUAAAGCCACAUAAUGUCUUGCUGUUUACUCUGCAUCCCAACUCGGAAGUGAUCGCAAAGAUUUCAGACUAUGGCAUUGCACAAUACUGUUGUGGGAUGGGCAUCAAGACAUCAGAGGGUACUCCAGGAUUCCGUGCUCCAGAAGUCGCCAGAGGAAAUGUUAUCUAUAAUCAACAGGCUGAUAUUUACUCUUUUGGUUUGCUUUUGUAUGAUAUUUUAACCGGAGGACUCAGAAUCAUGGAAGGAUUAAAGUUUCCAAACGAGUUUGAUGAGAUGGCCGUUCAGGGGAAAUUACCAGAUCCUGUAAAGGAAUACCGCUGUUCUCCAUGGCCUAAGGUUCAGGAUUUGAUCAUGGACUGCUUAAAACAAAACCCACAAGAGAGACCUACAGCAGCACAGGUGUACAGCCUUCUGAACUCUGCAGAGCUUCUCUGUUUGAUGCAAAAGAUAGUUGUGCCUAGUACUCUGACAGCUGAAUGCAUAGCAGCAAGCACUCUCUCCUUCAAGAAGCCUGGAAUUUGGAUUGGGAAUGGAAGACGAGACCAGGCAGAGCUGACCUUCCUAGAUGUAGGCACUGGUGGACAUACAAGUGAGAAUGUUGAGAACAGUCGGAUUCUGUGUCUUGCACUCGUUUUAGUCUAUGGUGAAAAACAAGAAUGGAUAGUAGCAGGAACACAUUCAGGUUCUCUGAUAGUAAUUGAUGCAGUUAAUAUGGCAUCUAAGCACCAUCUUCAAAAAAUGACUGAUUCUGUGACCAGCUUAUUCUACAGUUUUCGUUCAAAACACAGCCGAGAAACACGGUAUCUUUUGGUGGGGACAGCAGAUGGAAAGUUGGCAGUUUUUGAAGACAAAGCAGUAAAGUGUAAUGAUGCAGCACCCUUGAAGAUAGUAAAUAUUGGAAACAGAAGUACUCCGUUGGUCUGCUUAAGUGAAUCUUCAUACUCAUCAGAGAAGGAUGUGUUUUGGGGUGGUUGUGGAACAAAGGUUGUGUCAUUUUCCAGUGACUUUUGUCUUCACAAAGUGAUAGACACAAAGAAGAGUCAAAUAUUCCCCUUUGCCUCAACUAAUGACAGUAAUAUUCUGUCAAUUGCUGUUGGGAAAUACAUUUAUUUAGCCAAGAAGGAUAGCCACUUUGUGGAAGUAUGGGACAGAAAAGCUGAGAAACCAUGUGAAUUUAUUGACUGUGCAGCUUAUCUAAAGGAUGAAGCUAAGAAGCAAAAUGAAGAAGUAAAAUGUGAACUGACUCGGGCUGCAAGAGUGAAAGUACUUUUUCUUCAAGAAAGUACCGCCAUUUGGAUUGGAACAGGUGGAGGACAUAUCUUACUUCUAGAUCUUUCCACACGUCGACCUAUUCGUGUUAUAUACAGAUUAUGUGACUCUAUUAGAAGUAUUACAGCAGGACAGAUUGAUAAAGGAAAUCCAAAGCAUGUUGUGCUAGUUUUAGGAAGUGCCACCAGGCGUUAUGUUGAAGAUGCACAGUCAUAUUUGUUUGUUUGGGACAAGAACCUGCCACAUGAGAUUCAGUAUCUCAAAAAACAUAUUGAAAUGAGACAAGAAGCAUUUGUUAAGAUGCGGAAUUAUUCACUAGAUUAGCUCUUUGAGAUCCAGGACAUGAAGCGGUAUCACUGCGGAUAAAUGAAGAUUCUCCAGCGAUUUCAUAUGCAUCUUUCAACCAGAAGUUAAAUAAGUGGAGGGGGAUAUAGAGCAUGAAACAACUUAAACAUAUUACACAUUCAUAUAGCUGAGUAUUGCUAUGUGCACAUGAUUACCUGAAAUACACUGCUCUGAAAAGUACUGUAUAUUUGUAUAGUAAUGCAAAACACUUCUUAUACACAGAUCUAUGUAUUAUUGAACAGGAGAAAAUAAGAUACUCUGCAUUUUAAGCAGGAACAGUUAUAUUUACGUAAAAUCAGAAUAUGGAGGAACCUAUGUGCAAUGUUGUGCUAAUCGAAUAUUUCAAAUGCAUACUCUUCAGACAAAUCUCUGUUGAUCAAAUUGUUUUGUGCUGUACUGUUUUGUAUUCUGACAGUCUCUUACUAAUGUUUGGAUUUAGUUUUGCAGUAUGCACACAAACUGUUUUUGUUAGUAGGGAUCGGACAUGCAGUUUAUCAAGGUACUAUGCUGAUUGAGAAAUGGCCCUUUCAAAGACAAACAUAUAGUUUUAUACAGCUUUCAUUUUCUUAAAUGCACAUGUAGGCCUAAACAUUUCAGAAAUAGUUUCAUGGAGAAUAGUAACAAUGCAUGAUACGUAUUUCUUCUAGCAUGUUAUGCAUGUUAUGUUUAUUUAAUGGCAGACUUCAAAUCUUAAAGAUGUAUACCUAUUUUGAACAAAGAGCAGAAAAGAUGGCAGUACCUUACUGUCACUUGGGCAAACAAGGACUAGUCAAAGUUUGGGUUGGUUGCCAUAAGUAGUUCUAAAAGACUAUCUGCUGUAUAGCUUCACAUCAGCUCUGCUAUCACAGCUUUAAGGGACAAAAUAUUAGAUUUUUUUUUUUUGCUUAAACUGUAGUCCACAUGCAGUUAACAGAACAGAACCAUUUUUGUUAUGAUGUCAGGUUUGUUUAGGGCUCAACUGCAGAAACAAUUAAAGGAAGGGACACUGAACUUAAUUCCACAUCUGCUUAUUGAAAAGAAAAACUUUCUUUGAGGGGUGUCAGGCAUUAGGCAUUUCUGUACUACAUUAAAGUUAAUGUGUUGCUUCAGACUAUGUGGUGAAAAACAUGUUAAUGUAAGGAAAAUGAAUGACCCAACCCUUAAAGGAGAGCUGUGGGCAAAGUAUUUUUUAAGUGUGCUCUCAACUUUUAAAUAGAAGACUGUGAACAGGAAAGUUAGCAGCUGUGUCUGUUUUUGAUAUUUUGUAGCAACAACAGAAGACCUUGAGAGCAAAACUUAAGAAGUAAUUUAUUGUUACUGUCUCUUUAAUACAUUGAGUCAUUACCCUGUGUCUUUAUGCCCACCGCUGCAAAAAAAAAAAAAUAGGUCCAUUUUCUAAAAGAGGGAGAAAAAAAAUAUUCAUAGGGAAUCUUGAUAGCAGGUAUGGGCUACAGUUUCAGACUACCAUUCAGAACAUGGGAUUGAUAGUCAGUCACAAAGUUCCCAUCUGUUUUGUGAUUAAACAUUUUCCUAAGAAUGUUUAGUCUCUGAAGGAUGCGUUGUGGUUUAUAGCAUACAUGCA